AUGCUACUGGCGGGCGGGGGCGCUUCGAUACCGACCAUCGCCGGUACCGUCGAGGAGGAGGACGAGUACGCGCGCAGCGAGGCGAACAGCGCCCACUACGAUGGCUACGUCACCGAUCAUACCGAUCUCGCGUCCGAAAUCGACAUCGACGAGUCCGAGUAUAGGCGUGAGCUUCUCAACGACAAAUGGCGGAUGCUGUUCGACAAGUUCGAUCCGGAGGGUUUCGGCGAGAUACCAGUGGAAGAUUUUUUGGCGGCUUUGAAGAGCGCCGAAUGGAAAACGGAGAUACCGCCGAAUAAACGGGAUAUCCUCUUAACCAGGGCGAAGGAGUCGCGUGCUCAAGCGGUGACGUUCCAGGAUUUCGUCAAUGUGUAUGCUCUUAGUAGGCGAAAAAUUAUAGUGAUAAUUAUCGAAGGAAUUUAG